AUGACGACGAUUCGAAGGUUCUGCUGUAACGAUCUCCUGCGGUUCGCGUCGGUGAAUCUCGACCAUCUCACUGAAACCUUCAACAUGUCGUUCUAUAUGACAUAUUUGGCGAGGUGGCCGGAUUAUUUACACGUUGCUGAAGCUCCAGGAAACAGGAUAAUGGGCUACAUUAUGGGAAAGGUUGAGGGACAAGGGGAGUCCUGGCAUGGUCAUGUCACUGCAGUGACGGUAGCUCCAGAAUAUCGACGGCAGCAAUUGGCCAAGAAACUGAUGAACCUCCUUGAGGACAUCAGUGACAAAAUUGACAAGGCUUAUUUCGUGGAUCUCUUUGUGAGAGCUUCAAAUACACCUGCCAUCAAGAUGUAUGAGAAGCUUGGUUAUGUAGUCUACAGGCGCGUGCUUCGGUAUUACUCUGGAGAGGAGGAUGGGUUGGAUAUGAGGAAGGCUUUAUCAAGGGAUGUGGAGAAAAAAUCUGUUAUUCCUCUCAAACGCCCUGUUACUCCCGAUGAACUUGAAUAUGAUUAG